AUGCUCACAGCGGAGUGCAGUGCAAUAAUUAAACCAAAGUUACCUCCCAAGUUGAAGGAUCCAGGAAGCUUUGUAAUUCCAUGUGAGAUUGGAAAUAUAAUGGUGAGCAAGGCAUUGUGUGAUCUUGGAGCAAGGAUCAAUUUGAUGCCUUUAUCCACUUUUAAAAGGUUGGGUAUUGGAGAAGUGAAGCCUACUAUGAUAACUCUCCAAUUGGCGGACCGUUCAGUGACUUAUCCAUAUGGAGUAGUGGAGGACGUCUUAGUAAAGGUGAAUAAAUUUAUCUUUCCAGCUGAUUUUGUGGUCCUUGACAUGGAAGAAGAUACUAAAGUUCCAAUUAUAUUGGGAAGACCAUUCUUAGCCACAGGAAGAGCAUUGAUAGAUGUACAACAAGGCAAGUUGAUGUUAAGAGUGGCUGAUGAUAAAGUCACAUUUUCCAUAAAUGAAGUAAUGAAACACAAGGUGGAAAAGGAGGAUUGUUUUCGAGUUGAAACUAUUGAGUCUCUGGUGUUUAAAGAAAUGGAUAAUUAUGGGAGGAAGAUGAUGUGA